AUGCCGUCCCAAGCCUGGGGGAGUUUGCACCGGGUGGAGAAGGGGCAGCAGGGUCUUCUCAUUCCAACCUGCGAGGGCGUCGUGCUACCGCCCAUUUUACAGAUGAGGAAGUCGAAGUUGAGGGAGAUAAGCACGUUGCCCACACUCUCGCAGCCAGGACUUUGAAUAUGUCGGGGAUCGCCCUCAGCAGACUCGCCCAGGAGAGGAAAGCUUGGAGAAAAGACCACCCAUUUGGUUUUGUGGCUGUCCCGACAAAAAAUCCCGAUGGCACGAUGAACCUCAUGAACUGGGAGUGUGCCAUUCCAGGAAAGAAAGGGACUCCAUGGGAAGGAGGCUUGUUUAAACUGCGGAUGCUUUUCAAAGAUGAUUAUCCAUCCUCACCACCGAAGUGUAAAUUUGAACCACCGCUAUUCCACCCAAAUGUGUACCCUUCGGGGACGGUGUGCCUGUCCAUCCUAGAGGAAGACAAGGACUGGAGGCCAGCCAUCACAAUUAAACAGAUCUUAUUAGGAAUACAGGAACUUCUAAAUGAACCAAAUAUUCAAGACCCAGCUCAAGCAGAGGCCUACACAAUUUACUGCCAAAACAGAGUGGAAUAUGAGAAAAGGGUUCGAGCACAAGCCAAGAAGUUUGCGCCCUCGUAAGCAGCACCCUUGCGGCAGCGUGAAAAGGAAGGGAUUGGUUUGGCAAGAACUUGUUUACAACCUCUCUGCAAGUCUAAAGUUGCUCCGUACAGUCACUAGUCUCCGGGGGAGGGUGGGGCGGGCGCCAUGGUCCAUUUCCGCCACUGGUACACGGUCUCGAUUUGCUGAAUUGCCCCGUUUUUCAUACAGGGUCUCUUCCUUCAGUCUUUUGUAUUUUUGAUUGUUAUGUAAAACUUGCUUUUAUUUUAAUAUUGAUGUCAGUAUUUCAACUGCUGUAAAAUUACAAACUUUUAUACUUCAAUAAGCCCCUAAGAGCUAGUUUCCUCCGCUCUCGGAUGCAGGCAUGCUUCGCGUUAGAGCCGCACUUAGCCUCUGGCUGGCUGUAUGAAAAGGAAAUCAACUGCGCCCCCACCUCCUCUCUCUCCAGCAUUGGGUUGUGUUGCUCAUGAGCCUCAGAUCCAACGUCAGCCGGCAUCUGGUUCUGCGUCACUUCCUUUGUGUUUAUAUGGCGUUUUGUCUGUGUUGCUGUUUAGAGUAAAUAAACUGUUUAUAUAAAGGUUUUUGUUGCAUUAUCAUCAUUGAAAGUGAGGGGCGGCUUGGGCCUGCCCAGCCUCCUGCUCCCAGCUUCAGAGCCACCUCGCUGAGCACCAGCUUCGCGGUCUGGGACCAGGACCAGCCGCCAGGAGCUCUUCUCAUGGUCUCUGCUUCCGGACGCGCCCAGGCCCACGUGGCUGGCUGUCCUGGCUCUUUUUACAUAGUACUGCACACAGGAGUGGCGUGUCGAGACCUUGUUCUCCCUGCCCAGGUCUUUGGGCUGUGGAGCACUAGGCAGAACUCGGAUCUGGUCAGGUCGGAAUUGGCAGCAGACCCUUGUAAAGCAUGCAGGUUACGAGUUGAUGCAUGUACUGCCUUGGGCACUCUUGCAGCAGCUCAGUCCAGACCGGGGCUGAGGCCAAGCGAGGACCACUGUCAAAGCAGCUGGCUGGCCUGGGUGCACCCUCCUCGGUGGCCGGGCCACAGCGAUGGAGCCUUGCCUGUGGAUGUAGCAGCCCCUGCCUGACUUCCCUGUCUGACUGUACCACGUGCCCUGCAGGCGGCUGCCCCAGGGCCUCUGCACACCAUUCCCUCGCAUCCCCAAGGAGGCAGCCUCACACCCUGUGAAGGACUGAAGCUUCCUCCAGCUGCUCUCGGGCACCUGAGCCACGGCCCCUCCAGCGCCUUCCCAGCCUGCACUCGGCCCCUGCCCCUGGGUGGCAGUGGACAGGACCCUGGACACCCCCAGGGGCUCCUGGCCUGGGUGUUGUGUCGGCACCAAGCACCCUGUGAGUCCACUGUCCACACAUGCUCCUUUCUCUGAGGCCCAGCAGGACAGUGGUGGUGGAGACGGAGCAGCAGACAGGACAGGCCCAGUUCUUGAGACCGGAGGCCCAGGGCCAGCCCUGCCACUCUGGAGGACCCUCACUGUUGGAACGGGGCCACCGGUGCCCAAGUAAACAGACCAGCAGGGGGCAGGUUGGUUCUGGGUUGGGCGAUCCCCAGAGGAAGGAGGAGUGGCUGGUCGUGAGGCGCCCUGGGAAACUCGAGACCCCAGGAGGGCAGCCCCCAUCGUUGUGUGUCCGACCGCCACAGGCCAAGAGUCUCGGUGGAGGUUAGGGGGCUACAGGAGGCCCAGAGCCAGCACUGUGUCCAGUGGCUCAGGUGCGAGUGCCUUGUUUGCUUUCUAAGCUGUGUUUUGUGGGUCGCUGAGCUCCUCGCUUGAUUUUGCAGUUGGUUUGUAACAGAGGACCUUACCUGGGGAAUUCAGCCAGAUUGUAUAUUUGUAGCCUGCUCCCAGAAUGUCUUAUUUUGUAAUGACUGAACUACAUUUAGUAUUAGUUACACAUGUAUAUGGUUAAUAUAUACGGAAAUUCAAUAUAUUUUAUAGUUAAAGUAUUCUAAAGUAAUUGAUGUUUCUAGCAAACUGUAGUGAUUCCAGCUAAUGAAAUGUUUCUUUUGUACCACAGUCCUUGGCUUAACAAUGAUGUGAAUCUUGUAACAUGAGAACCAUGAAACGUGAUGUGAUCAUCCUGUGUUUAAUAUAAGAGAAGCAAGAAUGUUCCCAGCACAAGGCGCCUCAUAACAAGGGAUUGUGGGCGAUACAUUAACCACUGUAUCUACGAAUCUUCUAAUUAAAACAUUUCCACAAACCGCA